AUGAAAUUAACUUGUUACUGUAUUAUGUUUUUAUUUAUUCAUAUAAUAAAAUAUGUUAGUUGUGAAGAGUAUAAAAUAAACAAAGAAGAAGAAAAUGGAAAACAUAAUAAGGAAGAAAUAAAAAAUGAAAAGUACGAUAAUAAUAAUUAUGAAAAUAAGAAUAAUGAGAAUAAUAAAAAUAUUGAUAGUAACAAUAGAGAAGACCAUAUAAUGAAAUUACUUCCAAUUUAUAAAGACAAAGAUAAUGAUAUCAUCGAUGAAAAUAUAAACAAUAAAAUAAAUUAUUAUGAAAAGGAUAAUAUAAAACAAGAGAUAAAACAUAAUACUGAAAAUGAUAAUAAUAAUAAUAAUAAUAUUUUUAUACAAGAAAAAGAUAAUAUACAACUUUAUGUUGAUAAAAAAGAACAUUUGGAUGAAAGAAAUCAAAAUGUCAUACAUGAAAAUAUGAAACAGGAGCAAGAUAGAAAUAAAGAAACACAAAAAGGAAAUGAUAUAGAUGAAAGUAAAAAGCAAAAAGAAAAAGAACAACAUACAAACCAACUAAUAGACAAUCGAAAUGAUCAAAUUAGUAAUGUGGAAAAAGAAGACAUACACAAUGGUUAUGAAAACGACAAGGAUACUGAACAAAAAGAUGAUAAUAAAGAAGAUAAGAAGGAUAUCGAACAAGUAGAUGAUAAUAAAGAAGAUAAGAAGGAUAUCGAACAAGUAGACGAUAAUAAAGAAGAUAAGAAGGAUAUCGAACAAGUAGAUGAUAAUAAAGAAGAUAAGAAGGAUAUCGAACAAGUAGACGAUAAUAAAGAAGAUAAAAAAGAUACCGAACAAGUAGAUGAUAAUAAAGAAGAUAAGAAGGAUACCGAACAAGUAGAUGAUAAUAAAGAAGAUAAAAAGUAUAUCGAACAAAUAGAUAAAAACAAAGAAGAUAAAAAAGAUACCGAACAAGUAGAUGAUAAUAAAGAAGAUAAAAAGGACCCUCACCAAACAGAUGACAAGAACGAUGGGGCGUCUUGUGAAGAAGAAAAGAAAGUCAUUAUGUCAGAAAUAAAAACCAUAAAAGAAGAUUUAGAUAAUUGUAAUAUAACAAAUAAAAAGGAUAAAAAUGAAUGUAUUGUAAAAGUUAAUGAGAGUGAAAGGAAAUUAAAUUUAUGUAAAGAGAAAGCGCUUAAAUGUAAAGGACAAAUAAAAGGGAUACAUCAUAAGUGUGAUGAAAGGAUAGAUAGGAAAAAUAAAGAAAUGAUAAUAUUACAAGGAAUUAUAAAUAAAUUGGAAAAUAAAAUAGAUGAAGAUAAAAAGAAUGAUAAUAAAAAUUUCCAAGAUCAUAUAAAAAAAAGCGAAGGAAAGAAAAACGAAAUUCCUGUAGAAAAUAAAAACACUAAAGAUAAUGUUAAAAGAAAUGAAAAAAAUGUACAUCAUGAAGAUUAUAGUAGUCAUCAUAAUAUAUAUAGACAAGAAGACAAUUAUUUAAUUUCCUAUGAAAUUUUAAAAAAUUAUUUUGAGAAAAUAUUUGAAAUAUAUAAAACAUUAUAUAUUAUAAUAGUAGAGAAAACGUUUCUAUCCAUUUUUGUUAAUAAUAUAUUAUAUACUAUAGAUUUAAUUAUAUUCUUAACAAAAAAAUGUAUAACAGGUACUAUAGAUAUAAUAUAUAUUUGUUAUAGAUUUUUUGGACAUCAUUAUAUCAUAAAUUGUAUGAUUCAAAUAUUUGAAAAUAGUUUUUUAUAUAAUUAUUAUAAUUUUUUUAAAAGAAAAAUAAAUAACAUAAAAUUAAUAUUAGAAAAUUGUUUCUCAAACCUAAUAAGUGAAAAUAAACCUAAAGUUAUGACAUUAAAAAAUAAUAUUCAAAAGAAUGUAGAUGUGUUUGUACAUAAAUUAAAUGAUAGUUCAGAAAAUUUAGUAAAUCAUAUUAAUACGAUAAAUCCACAUGUCAGAGGAAUUAUCCCUCCAAGUUUGUCCGAUAAAAUAAUUCUCUUAAUAUUUUUUACUGUUGUAAAUAUAAUACAUUUAUAUAUAUUAUUUUGUUUAUUAUUUAUAUUAUACGAAUUUUUGAAAAGAGCUACCAAAUUUACAAUAAAAUGGGGAUCAUUAAUAAUUCGCCAUAUUUAUUAUUUCAUCUUCUUUUUUCUCACCAUACCUGUAAGACCGUGUAUGAGGAAAAGAGCUGGAAAGGGACGUAGAGGAUAUAGAAGACACGACGAUUUUAUGUAUAACAAUGAUCGUAUGAAUAACUACGAAAGAGUAAAUAGUUUUGAUAGAAAGGGUAGCUACGACUAUAAUAGGAAUGGUUAUGACGAGAAAGGUAGUUAUGAACGUAAUUAUAAUUAUGACAGAACCUAUGAUAGGAAUUAUGAUAGGAAUUAUGAUAGAACCUAUGAUAGGAAUUAUGAUAGAACCUAUGAUAGGAAUUAUGAUAGAAAUUAUGAUAGAACCUAUGAUAGGAAUUAUGAUAGAACCUAUGAUAGGAAUUAUGAUAGAACCUAUGAUAGAAAUUAUGAUAGAAACUAUGAUAGGAAUUAUGAUCGUAAUAAUGAUCGUAAUAAUGAUCGUAAUAAUGAUCGUAAUAAUGAUCGUAAUAAUGAUCGUAAUCACGAUCGUAAUCACGAUCGUAAUCAUGAACGUAAUCAUGAACGUAAUCAUGAACGUAGUCAGGAUCGUACCCAUGAACGUAGUCAUGAUAUUACAUAUAAUAAUAAUGAUGUAUAUGAUAAAUCUGAAGAAUUAACAAUGAAUAAUUCAGAAUUAAAAAAAAUGAAAACUUCAAAUAUACACGAGAGAAAAUAUUGA